AUAUCCAUUUUUUUCAAUACAGUGAAAGAUGGCGUGUGUGACUUUGAAGCGUCCCUUGGAGUUUGAUCCAAUUCACAGCUCUCCAGGAGGCUCUAGCUGCUCUCCAAGACCGCACAAAAGACGGAGAUGUUUGCCCAUGUGCAUUCCUGCCUCUCAGGUCAACUCCCCCACCACCAGCUCAUUCAAUGCCUCGUCUUUUGCUGCUUUGCCUUCAUCCCAUUCUGCAACCCGGUCUCCAUUUGUUAAUGCAGCUCCUGCAUUACUGCAAGGUGAUAUUGCCCAGUAUGUGCGUGAGGAGAUCAGGCGACUGAAACGCCGACGUUUGCUCCCUGACAAUAGACAGCGCGCAACAAUUGUGCGAGCUUCAAUGGAUGAUGAAGACUCUUCACCCUCACAAUCUCCUCCCCGCACCACUUCUCCCCCUCUUAAUCAUUCUCUUCUAGCUACUCCAGCACUCACCACUGCUGCCUCUCCAGCCUCUAAAGAUAAAGCACUCUUUACCUUCAAGCAGGUCCAACAGCUUUGCGAGCAGCUGCUGAAGGAGAGGGAGAAGAGCAUCAGAGAGCAUUACGACUCGGUGCUUGCUCACGAGUUGGCUGAGCAGUACAGUAAAUGUGUGCGCUUUACCACUGAACAAAUUCACCAACAGCUCGCCAAACACGACCUCCCAUCUUAUAUGUCGUAAGACGUGGAACGCCGGUAUGGGGGACAACCUCCAUUCCUCUAGUGCCAGCAGCCGCAGUGGUCUAGUCUGACGAUCUGGCAGUGCUUCUCUUCGCCAGCAGUUAACUUAACUAAGAUGAUACUUAAUCUCCGGUUCCCUCUCUCUACGCAAUCUCGAGCAGAUGCUAAAUCUUAAUUUCCACGUAUCAGCGUAAUCUCGAGCAGAUGCUAAGUCGCCGUUUCCCUGUCAAUAUAAUCUCGAGCAGAUGCUAAAUCAACGUUUCCCUGUCAAUAUAAUCUCGAGCAGAUGCUAAGUCAACGUUUCCCUGUCAAUAUAAUCUCGAGCAGAUGCUAAAUCAACGUUUUUCUGUCAAUAUAAUCUCGAGCAGAUGCUUAAUCGCCGUUUCUCAAUUAAUAUAAUCUCGAGCAUAUAAGUCUCCGUUUCCGUCAUAGUAUCAUAACUUGGCUAUGCUCUCGAUUAACUUGUAAUCCUCCAAGUGGAUCCCAUUCACAUAUGAUGUUUGGUUCAUGGAAGUAUGUCCAUUUAUUAUUCUUUUUCAUAUCGAGGCCAUAUCACAUUCAACGAUUUGAUGCCAGGUUAUACUUGUUCAUGUUUCCAGUUUAUUUAGAACCAAGUGUACCCUCAAAAGUUGAGCCACUUUUUUUUUACCCUUUUCUGACUUGCUGCUUAACAAGCUGACACCCGCGUGAGACAGGGUCAACCUUUUUUCAUAGUUUGCUCUCUAAUUUUCUCUCAGAUUCCGCUCUAUUUAGAAUGUUUACGAGAGUAGACAUGUACCCCAGCUUUGGAUAUGCCGUGAUGUAGUAAAUGUUGGUGCCAAUCUUUUAUAAUUGGGCGUAACUGCCAAUGUUAUGAUGACCAUUACUCGCCCUCAUUCUGUGAUCCCAAGGCAGUACUCAGGAUGCGACUUGUGAUCAGUGAAUGGCGAUUUCGCCUCGCCUUAAAAUGUGUGCUAUUCUUCCAUGAAGAAUUUUGCUUAGUACACGUGUACGGUAGUAUCGUUUAUAGGUAUAAUUUAUUGUUCAUUUUAUAUUUUUAGUUGAGUGUUACAGACGUAUUUGGUCUUAAGGUCAAUUGGUUGGCAGACGGAGAGGUAAAAAUUUAAGAAAGCAGCCGACCAUUUCUCAGCUUUUCUAUGACUUGUUUCAAUUCGAAGCCAUGUUUUCCUCAUCUGCAAAAAUUUUUCCGUUACCAAGUAGACUUGAUAAUCUUUUAUGUUAGCUAGACCAUGUAAUGAACUACUGAAUCGUUGCUCAGUCUUUAUAAUUAGGAAGAAGUCAACUUUCUCCGAUAAUAACGUUUAUAAAGAAAGUGCAGCUCCCUACUUGCCUUUUUCGGAAUAUUGCGUAGGGCAUCUGCAGCGUCGAUUAAUAAUUACGCCCGUGUGGUCCUGGAUGUAAAUAGUAGAUUAUUAUUAGUGCGUGCGUUUUUAAGUAUCAAUGUGUUAAUGCAUAGGUUUCUCUUUAACUAUAUAUUUCACUGUGGACAUGAAUUACGCACGUUAUGCAUGCCGUCUUUUACUGUAAUACUCCAUUAGUUCUUAUGUAUUAUGCGUUACUCUAGCCUUUGUUAUGCGGUAUUUUCAUUCUUGAUUAAUCCUUACUGCAAACUAGAAUCGUAAUCUAGUAACAACUAUAAGUUUUGUUUCAUGUGUAUUUUUUUGCAUACUUGUAUGUGAUACAUGCUUGCAGAUCCAGAUUGGAAGAAGCAAAGUUAGGAACGUGAAACUUUGAACCAACUCAAUUGUAAAGGACGUAACAAUAUGUAUUAUAAAAUUCCUCUUCUGCUUCAGAAAACCGUGUCAGUUCAGUAUUACUCUGGAAAUACUGAAUUUAUUCUUUCGAAUGCACAGGAAAAUGGAAACUUGCUGCGACAGCCUUGAAGUGCUAUUUCACAUGGUGUUCUAGUGAUGAACGUUUGCCAAAAUGAACCCAAUGUUAAAGUCAGAAAUCCUUUUUUGUCAAUUCUUGAAUCUAUUCACUAAAUAAUAUAUGGUUCUUCAUCUCAUAAAGGAACCUCGUGAACCGAUGCUUGCACAUGAGUUCGCUGUCGCCUCGUCGUUCAGCAGGGUAAUAAAACUUUUUUCGCCAU